CACAUUUUUGUGGCCAACUUCGAAAUGCACGCAUGCGCUCAGGAGCAUUACAAAUUGUGAGAAAACGAAAUCUGAAUUUAGUACAUUAAAAAUAAAAUAAUAUAUAAAAGGAGAAAGUAUUUGCUAUAUUAUGACAGGAAAGGAAAUUCAAGGAAAGUCUAACUACAAAAAAUUCAUUUCAGGAGUUGUCGAAGGUUUCUAUGGCAGACCUUGGAGUGCUGACCAAAGAAAAUUGCUGUUUUCUUGGAUGCAGAAAUGUGGUCUCAACACAUACAUGUAUGCACCAAAAGAUGAUUACAAACACAGGGCAUAUUGGAGGGAACUUUAUUCUGUGGAAGAAGCAGAAAAUCUUUCACAUCUUAUAAGUGCUGCUAAAGAAAAAGAUGUUACUUUUGUUUACGCCAUUUCACCUGGACUUGACAUCUCAUUUUCCAAUGUUAAGGAUGUUCAAGCUUUGAAAAGAAAAUUGGAACAGGUGGCAACUUUUGGUUGUGAAGCAUUUGCUAUGCUGUUUGAUGACAUUGAUCCUGAGCUAUCUGAAGCUGAUCGUAGUGCUUUUCAGUCAUUCGGAUUGGCACAAGUAUCUCUUUCCAAUGAAGUGUUUGAACAUCUCCAUCAACCAAAACUCUUUCUAUUUUGCCCAACAGAAUACUGUGCUUCAAGGGCUGUUCCAAGUGUUGUUUCUUCUGAAUAUUUAAAUACAAUUGGAUCCAAACUUCUUCCUGGAAUAGAUAUUAUGUGGACAGGUCCAAAAGUUGUUAGUAAAAAAUUAACUGUUACAUCAUUAGAGGAAAUAGCAUCGGUUUUGAAGCGACCAGCAGUGAUAUGGGAUAAUAUCCAUGCAAAUGAUUAUGAUCCAAGGCGUAUAUUUCUUGGUCCAUAUGAUGGAAGGUCUCCAGAGGUCAUUCCCUACAUUAAUGGAGUUAUGACUAAUCCAAAUACAGAAUUUGAGGCCAAUUUCAUGGCAAUUCAUACUUUGGGACAGUGGUGUCAAUCUAAUCCUGAUGGAGUCAAGAAAGAUAUUAUAAAAGGUGAUCGUUUAAGCCCAAUAGCAUCUGAUAUUAAACUGGAAACUGAGAAUGAUUUCAUUUCUGAUGAGGAUAUCCCAUCUCGUAUUGAUCUUCGAUAUCAACCAAAAAUGGCUUUAAAAAAUGCAUUGUCAGACUGGCUUGCUGAAAUACACUGCAAACGCGAACCACCCCGUCAACCAUUUCCUCGUGUAAUCCCAACUUAUUUGCCUGGCGCCAUUUUGACUGGCCCUCCAGGUGUACCACUUUGCAUACCCCCAGGACCACCGGUUGUUCUAAACCCCACCCCUCCAUUGUCCAUUCCACCAGGUAUUCCUUCAUGUCCCCCUGGAAACCCUGCUAUACCUCCAGGUAUUGCUCCCUUUUCUGCUAACAAUUCUGUAGGGGAUAUUCCUUCAGCUGCCCAGCCCUGCAUGGAUCCCUCGGAGUUGGAAGCACCCUCAACACCACCUAAAAAUUAUUUACCACCAUCUCCACCUGCUGGUCUCCCAAUGCCAGACAUCAUAAAAACUUGCUUGACCCCAUCUUUUACUACCCAGACAAUGAGCUCUGCUGGCGUUACUGCACUUGCAACAAUAUGCACCAAUGCACAGGCGCCCAUUCCCAUACCUACUUUUCUCCAGCCGCCUAGUCUACCAGUCAGCAGUUUAUUAGAGCUGCCACAGCCUGAAUUAGAUUCUAUCUCAGAUGCACCACUUUCUUCUGAAUCUGGAGCAGAACCAAUGGAAGUUGCAUCAGCAGCAGACAAUGUUCACAACUCUUCGCCAACGCUAAAUUUAAGUACCAAUAAUACAGCACCAACACUUGAAAAACAAAAUUCAUCAGACAGUUUAAUGCAGAUUGAAUCUGACAUGAAUGAGAAAAAUGAAGAUAACAUCUCAGAUGAUAGAAUUGACUUUGUUGUUUGUGAAGACGAUGCAAUGCUUCUCAUAGAUCUUUUUUACAUGCCGUUUGAACAUGGUUCACAAGGGAUUUUCUUUCUUCAAAGACUUUACUGGCUCCGCAACAAUGCACAUACAAUUGUUAGUAAUAGUGGCAAAGAUACAAACACAUUUGAGGCUACAGAAUGGCAUCAUCUAGCUGAUGAAUUUUCCAGCAAAGUUGAUUCUGUGGUGAAUCUACUUUCUAAAUUAACAUCAGGACCGAAUAAGUCUUUCAUGUGUGAUAUGUACUCCUACAUGUGGGACCUUGUCAGUAUUCUCAAGAUAUGCAGAGCAUAUGUUCAGUGGCUAGCAAAAGGACUUGCUACUCAUCCUUUGGCUCAACAGACUUUUAGCUGUGUUACAUGGUUUUCAAAAGGAUAUAAGGAAGCUUUUAUGAGUGGUGAUCAGGAGCCAUGGGUUUUCAGAGGAGGUCUUCAGGCAGAGCUUCAAAGGCUUUUACCUAUUGAUAGUGCCCAUGAUCUGUUUUAUAUCAAGCCUCCAGAUUACAUAAUAUCACGAUCAUUUCAUCUUAGACCCUACAAACAUGAAGAUGAGGAUGCUGUUUAUCAUAUUUGUCUGAAAACAUGUGACGAUGGAAUGGAUGGCACUGAUGUUUUCCCUGACAACCCACAACUAAUGGGAGAUAAGUUGGUGGGCAAAUUCUUAACAUUAAGUCCAGAAUAUAGUUUUGUAAUAGAAGAUGAUGUCGGCAUUUGUGGAUAUGUAGUGGCAGGGGUUGAUGCAAGAGACUUAUCCAAAAAGAGUAAAAUGGCUUGGAUACCAACAAUGUGUGAGAAAUAUCCUCUUACAGAGAAAAAGGAAAGCUGCUCACCUGUUGAUGAAGUCAUUCAGGGGUUUCACAAUGAGCAAAGGACAGUCCCUGAUGAGAUUUAUGCCAUAUAUCCAUCAGUACUUCGCCUUGACAUCUUACCUAGUAGAGUGGAAGAUCCAGCUCUUCCCCGUCGACUUUUGGCCUGUGUUCUGUCAGCUUUGAAAUGUAUGGGAUCUAAAGGUGUUCACUGUGAACUCAAUAUUGGAGACAAGUUUAUGGUUGAUUUUUAUGCAAAGUUGGGAUUCUUUGCUAUUACAACUAUGGAGGAAGGUAGUGAAGAUGCUGUGUACUUAGGGCGACCAAUUUAAGAUUGACAAGUAAAAUAUUUUUUUUAAAGAAGUUUCCAUACCUCUUAUUUAAUGCUCAUUACUGAGCAAUAUCAGUGUUAUUUUUAACUAAGUCAGUUUUAAUGACUAAAAUUUUUUUUUAGUAAUUGUGUCUUUAAACUGAAAUUACAAUCAGCUUUUCAGUGCAUGACACUUGUAGCCCUGUUUUUGUGCUUAGAUUAUACCCUAAUUAUUUACCAAGUAAGCUUAGAAACAAUGUUUCACAUCAAAAGUUUUACCAGUGUAACUUAAAAGUGCUUCAUAUAGUGUCUUGGAAUAUUGUUUGAACAUAAUGGCUUAAGUUGGCGAAUUAGCUUCAUAUGCUCUUUUAAAUGGUGCAAUUAAGUAUAGGUUCUUUAACGUAAUAAUUCUAAUCUUUGUUUCCAUGCAGAAUGAUGCAUUAGCAGAAUUAAGACUAUCAUGAUCCCUUGACAUAAUGAAAAACCAUUGCCAAUUGUUUUAAAUACUGUUUAUGGAACAUGUAUGAAAAAAAAAGCUAUGGAUAUUGUUAUUCAAAUACAAUUUUUGUUCUAAAAUUGUAAAAGAAAUAACUGUGAUCUAGUCUGUCCCAAAUUUGUUGUAACUUACUUUUGAAUUGUCACCAGUGAUAAAAUAAAUGAUUUUUUUUAUUGUCA